AUGGCAGUUGGUUGUUGUUGUUGAUGAAGCUUGUUUUAUAGUUUGUUAUAAUUAAACUCAAUUAUAACAUUUAUUUCAUUAGCUAUCGUUAUUGCUAUCAAUAGCUAGUGUAAAGAAUCUCAGACGUUAUACUUGCUACUCGAUUACAAAUCGAAAUUCUUCAAGAAAUGGAUGACCUUACAAUGGAGGAGAAGUGCGAAAACCUCAUGAAUAUAGUGGUAGAAUCGCGCAAGAAAUUCGGCAAAAUGUGCGUCGACUACGAACAGAAAACUUCCUUGAUGGAGAACAAAAUUUUGAAUUUACAACUAGAAACCAUAUCCAGUUACCGUUUUAAGCCUAAACAGACUGUCCCAAAUAUAGAAGUCGACGAUAUGACUAAGGAUACAGAAGAAUUUACUUUAGAAAUUAUAUCGAGGCAGAAAAGAAUAGAAAAUUUGAAGAAGAGACUGAAAAACACUCAAGAUAUUGUUCUGCAGUUGAAAUCGGACAAUGUUGGCAGGAAAUUGAGGCAGCCGUUGACGGCUGAAGCUCUUUUAACAAAGGCUAAGAGCAAACAUGUAUCUUGAGUAAAGUUUUUACUUCGUUUUAGAUUUGUAUCUUGACAGCGCAUCAAAAUAUUUUUUUUUGUUUCAAAUAGCAUUAUAACUGUCUGUAUUAGAUGGCAAAAUGUUUAGCUUAAUGUGCUGUCUUCUGUACAUUAUAUUAUCACAGUAAUUUUGUUAUAAUGGAAGAUGUAGUGUGGGCAGGCCCCCCGAUAAUUUGGUGAAGGUCGCUAUAAGUACCUGGAUAAGGGUUGUUAAGACUUCCAAUGAACUUUUAAGUUUCUUUGACUUGUUCUAAUAAUUUUCUAUUUAGUUUUUAGUCCACUAUUUAAAAAAUAAACAAGUUUUGUAACCAAAAUGUUGCCUGAAGUAACCAUAUGCCUUGUAUUAUUUUACAAUUUUCAUUUAUUUAUAGAUUAAGGUAUCAAUAUUUUGUCUUUUAACUGUCGCUGAAUGAAUCAUUAUUUAUCAGUAUCAGACUACCAUUUCAUAGCACAGACUAGGAAAAUUUGGUUACAAUAUUGCUCUUAAUUUAACUACAUAAUAAUAAUACUAUGAUGUCACACAAAGUAUUUAUUUGCCUUAUUGUGCCAUUUUCUGACAACUUUUGUUAAAAUAGAUCAUAAUAUAAUUAUGUACUUUAUUAUAGAUUGAUAUUUUAUAAUGCCGUGUAAUAAUACACUGACUGGAAUUUUCGUCGAGUUUACUGUAUGCUAAUA